AUGGAUGCUAAGCAAGGAGCUCAACAGGGAACCGCUCAAAGGUCAGCAAAUCAAGCAGGAGUUGCUCAAGAGAGAGUAGCUCAAGAGAGGGUAGUUCAAGGGGGAGUAGCUGCCAAUAAUGGGGAAAAUGCAAUGAUUAUGGCUGAUGACAAAGAUCAUGCUAAUAGGCAAUAUGCUCUCCCCCUCUCCAAUGAGCUCAAUCUGGGCAUCGUUAGACCAGAAAUCCAGGCUACACAGUUUGAGUUGAAGCCCGUUAUGUUCCAAAUGCUUCAAACUGUGGGGCAAUUCAGUGGCAUGCCAACAGAGGAUCCUCACCUUCAUCUUCGAUUGUUCAUUGAAUUGAGUGAUUCAUUCAAGCUUCCCGGAGUUAUAGAAUAUGCCUUGAGACUGAAGUUGUUCCCAUACUCCUUGAGAGAUAGAGCGAGAGCUUGGUUGAACUCUUUGCCAUCUGAUUCUGUGACUACUUGGCAAGAGUUGGCUGAGCGGUUUUUGAUAAAGUACUUCCCUCCCACUAAGAAUGCCAAGCUAGACAAUGAGAUUACUUCAUUUCAGAAACUUGAUGAAGAAUAUUUAUAUGAGGCAUGGAAGCGAUUUAAGGAGUUGUUGCGCAAAUGCCCUCACCAUGACAUUCCACAUUGCAUCCAGAUAGAGACCUUCUAUAACAGUCUCAACACUCAUACUAGAAUGGUGGUUGAUGCUUCAGCGAACGAGGCUUUUCGUGAUAAGUCCUAUAAUAAGGCAUAUGAAAUCCUUGAGAUAAUAUCCAACAAUAACUAUCAGUGGCCCACUUCUAGAUUGUCUACAGGUAGAAAGGUGUCUGGUAUUCAUGAUGUAGAUGCCAUCACUUCUUUGGCAGCCCAAGUGUCCUCUAUUUCUAAUAUGCUCAAGACAAUGAAUAUGGGGAUGAAUCAAUCAAUGGGGAAGCCUAUGGCGACACAAAUGGGGCAAAUGGAAAGCAUUUCUUGUGUGUAUUGUGGUGAGGGUCAUACUUUUGAGAACUGUCCUUCCAAUCCAGCAGUUGUGUGUUACAUGGGGAACCAAAAUAGGAAUGGUCCUUAUUCUAACAACCCAUCAUGGAGACAACAUCCCAAUUUUUCAUGGAGUAAUCAAGGGGCUGGCCCUAGCAAUUCUUCUAUGCCUCCAAGACUAAAUUUCCCACUAGGUUAUCCCCCACAAGCACCACAACAAAGGCCUCAACAACAAGCAAUGCAAUCUAGCUCUCUUGAGGAUAUGUUGAAGGAGUAUAUAGUGAAGAAUGAAGCCAUGAUCCAAAGCCAAGCAGCAUCAUUGAGAAACUUGGAGAUUCAAGUUGGACAACUUGCUAAUGAGAUGGGUAGUCGACCCCAAGGUUCAUUGCCAAGUGACACCAUAAAUCCAAGACGAGAAGGUAAAGAGGAGUGCAAAGCAAUCAAUUUGAGAAGUGGAAAGGAGUUGAAGAAUAACAAGACAAAUUCAGGGCAUGAGGGUGAGCCCUCUUCAAUCCAAAUAAAUGAGGAAACUAAAAAAGAUGCUGAAAUUCCUAUUGUACAAAAAAUUGCCUCUACCCAAAAUGCUGCAGGAAUGUCACAACAUAGUCGCCCAAACAACUCAAUUUCAAAGCAGCCACCUCCAUUUCCCCAACGGUUUGAUAAGCAAAAGCAAGAUGCUCAAUUCAAGAAAUUUCUAGAUAUUUUGAAGUAG